AGUGAAUCUUUUUGCACUGCCCUCCUUUUCUCAGUCACACACCCUCUCCUUCUCCUCAGUAUACCUCUUGCUCUCUCUUUCAGCACUCUGGCAUUUUCUACCUCUCUCUCUCUCUCUCUCUCUACUCUUCGAGCAUUGAGUGGAUCCCUGUUGCUGUCUGAUUGAAAGUUUCUGCUGCAAGAGGCUCCAAGAAGACAAGAGAAGAAAACACAGAAGUACCAGACUGUCAGAAACAGAAUCAUCAUGAAGACUGUAAAGUUCCAGCUAGUGUUCUGUAUACUGGUUUUUGCCUCAUGUGUAGUAGGUUCACAAAGCCAGUGCCCCAGCCUGUGUCACUGUCACGGUGACCUUCAGCAUGUUAUUUGUGACAAUGUCGGCUUAAAGAAGAUUCCUCGCACCUCUGAGGCAACUCGUCUCCUCAACCUUCAGCGCAACAACCUGGGCAUGCUACCCACUGGGGGCUUCAGUGACAUGAAGGAGCUCAUCUCCCUGCAUCUGCAACACUGCCAAAUCCGGGAGGUUGCCAGUCAGGCCUUCAAAGGCCUCAAGAAGCUCAUUUAUCUGUACCUGUCUGACAAUGAGAUCAGCACCAUCAAACCUGGAGCUUUUGAGGACUUAUCCGAGCUCACCUAUCUUUACCUGGAUGGUAAUCACAUCUCAGGUCUUUCCAAAGGUAUCUUUUCCCCCAUGAUCAACCUAUUUAUUCUGCAGCUCGAUAACAACAAAAUCCGUGACCUGCAACCGGGCACCUUCACAGGUGCAAAGGACCUCCGCUGGCUGCACAUGAGUCGAAAUGAGCUAAGUGGUAUGCAGCCUGGCUCUCUUGAUGAAGUGGAGAACCUGGCCAUUCUUACCUUGGACCAAAACAAGCUCUCUACUUAUCCCAUUCUGGCCAUAAGCAAGCUACGUGUUGUUGAGGAACUUAAUUUAUCAAAGAACCCACUCAACUUCAUACCUGAUCAUGCAUUCCGGAGCUUUGGUCGCUAUAUGGAGAAACUACAUCUCAAUGACAUGGUCCUGGAGAAGUUCUCCACUGCUGCUUUUGAAGGGGUGACUGCUCUAAAGUCUCUGCAUCUUGAGAACAACAAGCUGAAGACCCUACCAAGCAGUCUGGUUUUUAACACCAUCCAGAAUCUUACUCUGUUCAACAACCCCUGGAGCUGCACCUGCCAAUUAGCAAACCUUAGGAAGUGGAUGGACUCCAGUCGUCAUUACCUUGAUGCAGUUUGUGCAUCUCCUCCAAAUCAGAAGGGUAAACAGAUAAGAGACAGUACUGCUUUUAGUCGCUGCAAAGUGAAGCAAAAGAGAGCCAAGAAGGGAGCACGCCUUUGAAAAGGUGACUCACACAGACGCCUGUCCAGGUGAUGGCUAUGUGUGCAGAGAAGCAAUGGGAAGCAACGCUACUUCAGGACUGUCCAUAUUUUGUAUUUCUUCUAAAUUCUAUGAAGUGACACAUUAAAUCUAUAUUCAAUAAAAAAGAAGCAAAGAGAUACAUUUGUAGAGACCAUCACCACCAAACAUCUAUGUAAUUCACAAAUUUAAAGCUUACAAUAUAAAGAUCACUCACAAAGAGCCUGAUGCUCUCUCUGUGCCACAUCUUGUGGAUUUUGUUAAGCUUCCUGUAGCUUCCAGAUAAGCAGAUAGUCUACUAUAUUCCCUCACCUAAUCAAUUUGUCAGUCAGGUUGCCAUUCCGGGUUUAGAAUCUCUUUUCAUAUUAACAAAUAUUAUCGUUCCUAACUUUGACCACAGUUCAAGGUAAGAGACAUUAUCCAAGGUAGUACAAUGUAAAGGUUCAGAUUAACACAAAGUUCUCCUCCAUCUCAUUAGAAACAGAUACCAACACAUCUUAACUAUGGUAACAACUGCUUUGGUUGCCAUCAACAUCUAAUUACAGUGUCAAUAAAAUACUCCAUGAGAAACUUCAGGCCCUUUUUCUCUUCAGGCAGUUUUCUCAGAAAUUUUCAACUUGAAGUUUAAAUGUAAUUUGGAAGUAUUGGAGAAACAUAAAACAGCAGGACUGUGUGAAUGCCCUUAAACACUUUGGCAAGCUGGGAAGUACAAAAAGAAACAAACAAAGACAUUUGCUGCUCCAGUAAUUUCAAAGCAAAAACUGUUUUUUCAGUUUUUCUUCUUUGCUUUUAGCUGCCAAACAACUUAUGAAACAAAGAUAUGAAUGACACACAUGUCUUUCCAUCUUAGACACAAAACCAAGAACCAGGACCAUCGAAGCAGCUGCAAACCAAAAUGGAACACCAACACUUUUCCAAAAAUGGAAAAAAUAGAAAUGGGUAUUGGUUUAUAAUCAUAAAUAAGUUGAAGAAGCAUACCUAAAUGACAGUUAAAGCACAGACAAAUGAGGCUAUCAAUAAUGCAGUCUUAUGAUGUAUACAUGUUAAAUAAAAUAUCUAUUAAAGCAAACUAACAGUAUGCUUUACUACAGCACAUGCACAAAAUGAAAGCAUUUUCGACAAGAAAAGCAUGCUGUAUGGGUAAGAGUGCAAAUAAAACUGCAAUGAUUUCCUUUUCACUCAAUAGAAGACAUGCUUUAACAUUAACUUUUCCAUAUCAUCUCGCUUUGCAGUGCUAUUCCAAUCAAAUAUACAAAGACAAUAUCUUAAUCUAUCAAUAAGCAGUUGUAAUAGUUUCUGUAGAAUGAAUAUCAGGGAGAUUUUUGAUAUGGGUUUUGCCAAACAACUGCAUGGCACACGGUUUUGUAAUUGUUUUAAACUUUGUGUAACAGGUGGUUAUAUCACCUUUUCAAUAAA